AUGGGACAAAGGCAUAACAGACGUCGCACACGCCCACGAUCUCGAAACCGUAGCGCUCAUUUCACUCCCGUGGAGCCGACUCCAUAUCCGGUCAGCUACACUCGCACUCCAGCUAUUCUUGAAACAACCACUACCGCUUGUGAAUCACUCGACUCCAUCCCGGUACCCUUCGCCCCGACCUGGCACUAUAAGGGUACAAUAUGGCAGAAGCGUGACCGCACGUUGCGGAUAGAGACCUCACAGCUAGAGGUAGAACAAUGUCGUCUAUUUGGAGGUGAACCGGGAGAUGAUGUCGGACUUUGCUAUCGCAUGCUUGAAUACUUCGGUGGGCUUGAUUAUAUCGACUCGUGA